UUCAUUACUGUAGUCUUAGUUAUCGGUCGCUUGCUCGUGACGCAUAAUGUCGAUGUUUAUUUUUAGUAUCCUAUUACAAGUGUUAUUUUGUAUAAUUGUGACUUUACUUAUUUUCCUUAUUGGCCUUCGCCUAUAUUUUCAACCAGUGAAAGAAGUGUGUAGAUGUAAGACGAAACUCAAUGGGAAGGUGGCUCUAGUGACGGGGGGUAACUCGGGCAUCGGUCUGGAGACAGCGAGGGAGCUCGCGAGGCGAGGGGCAAAGGUCAUUAUAGCGAGCAGAGACGUCGCCAGGUCCGCAGCAGCCGUCAGCGACAUCAUCAGCACUACGGGGAACCCGCAAGUAGAGCACAAACACUUAGACCUCUCCAAAUUUAAAAGUGUUAGGCAGCUCGCUGAAGAUUUCAACAAAAGUGGAGAUCCGUUGCAUAUUUUAGUUAACAAUGCUGGUGUCAGCAGUCUAAAGAACCGUCUCACUGAAGAUGGAAUAGACAUGAUUAUGCAGAUCAAUCAUUUUGGACAUGCUUUGCUAACUAAUUUAUUAUUGGAUAAAUUAAAGGAAUCAGCUCCGAGUCGAAUUGUUGUCGUGUCUUCAAUCCUCCAUCAUGUAGCUAUAUUAAAUUUAGACGAUUUAGCGGCGAAAAAUAAGUCCCAUUUCAUGGUGAGGUACAAUAAUAGUAAGCUUUGUAACAUAUUAUGGGCGCGAGCUCUCGCUAAAGUCCUGCCUAAGGGUGUAACGGUCAAUUGUUUACAUCCGGGUUUAGUGAGCACCAAUAUAUUCCAAAAAGUACCACCGCUGUUAGGGUUCGUGGUUGGGAAGAUUUUAGAUAUAUUUUUUAAGGUGCCGAAGGAAGGAGCGCAGACGGUUAUACAUUUAUGUGUAAGUCCGGAUCUGGAGGAACAAUCUGGUGGAUACUAUACGGAGUGUCAGGUCAAGAAACCUUCGAAGGUUGCACAAGAUGAUGAUUUAGCGGAUGCUGUAUGGCAGAAAACUACGGAGUUAAUCAAUUAAUGACCAUGUCUACAAUUACUUGUGCGAUAGCGUACAUUACGUACUAUUGAUAACUAAUCGUGAAGGCACUUUAAUAGCUGUUUUAAAAGCGACUUCAUAAAUUGCAAAUUGCCAUGCUUAAUCUAUGUCCAUAGACAAUACAUAAAUACGUAAUGUUCAAAUAGAAAUUUGUAAAUAUAUAAAUAUACUUAAUAAUAUAAGGUGACCAGUACCUGGAUGACCGAGCUUUGCUCGGU